AUGAUCGAAGUUUACAUCGCACUCGGGGUGUUGGCCAUUUGUCUCUACUUCAAAUGGUCCUGCAGCUAUUGGCGCCGAGUUGGUAACAUCGACGGGCCACUACCGCUACCUAUUUUUGGAAAUGGAUGGGAACAGAUCACUGGAGGCAAACAUUUUGGAGAAAUUUUUGAAGAAAUCUAUCGAACGUAUCCAACGGCUUCUUGGGUCGGAAUCUACGAGCUCUUCAAUAAGCCCGCCAUAGUCGUGCGGGAUUUGGAGCUGGUCAAGGAAGUUCUAGUGGGAAGCUUCCAGCAGUUCAAUAAAAAUUCAUUCGAGGUUGACGAAUCAAUAGAUCCAUUAGUGGCUAUUAAUCCGUUUACUCAAUCUGGUGAUCUGUGGAAAGAAAGGCGUGCUCAAGUGGUGCCUGUGUUCUCUCAAACGAAGAUACGGUCUUGCUUCCCAAUAAUCAACAAUGUCGCUGAGAACUUCUUGGAUUACAUCACAAAAACACGCGAGAACAGUCCAGACUUUGAAGCAAAAGAUAUUUGCGCCCGGUUCACGAUUGAUUCCGUUGCCAGCUGUGCUUUCGGCAUUGAUGCUGAAUCGUUCACCAAUCCGGAUUCCGAUUUCCGUCGGGUGGGCUUCGAGUUGUUCAAUCCGAGCUCAUUCCUGACGACGUUGCGCACGUUGCUAACGUUGUUUGCUCCGAAAUUGGCGUCCCUGCUACGUUUGCCUUUUGUUCCUCGGCACGUGGAUCGCUGGUUUCGUAAAUUGGUAAAUGAAAUUAUUCGACAGCGCAAACAGGGCGAAGUAAAACGCCAAGAUCUUUUCCAAGCCAUGUAUGAUUCCCUAACCCAGAAUGGAACCGUAGUUGUAAAAGGUAGUGAAAUCGUCGGCCACUCGUUGACAUUCCUUACCGAGGGAUUUGAAACGUCCAGCACGUUGAUGUGUUACUUCCUCUACGAACUGGCAGCUAACCAGCACAUUCAGGAUCGUGUGUUGAAUGAGAUCGAUUGCGUCCUGAAAGAGUACGACGGGAAACUCACCGAUGAAGCCGUUAAUAAGUUGGUGUACAUGGAACGAGCGAUGCUAGAAACAUUGCGGCUGCACUCUCCGGUAUAUACCAUGACGAAGGUUUGCAUAGAAGAUUAUGAAUUGCCUACGCAGUAUUCGGAUGACCGUGGCAAGCGGAUUACGCUGAAGAAAGGGAUGUCGGCGAUAAUCCCUAUACAUGCUAUUCAUCUAGACCCAGAGAACUACCCCGAUCCUUAUCGUUUCGAACCGGACCGAUUUUUGGAUGAGAAUCGUAAGGCACGCCACCGUUAUGCGUUCCUUGGAUUUGGUGAGGGUCCGAGGAUUUGCCUGGGCAUGAAGUUUGGGUUGACUCAGAGUAAAAUCGGUAUAGCCACUCUGCUCAGUAAGUUCCGGGUGGUGCAAUCAGACAAACAAGAGUUACCUCUGGAAAAAUCGAAACAGUCGUUCCUGUUAGCACCAAAGAAAGGGAUAUGGGUAAAUUUUAAUAACAGAAACUCUCCGUAAUUAUAGGAUGGUUCAAUGAUAAUCAUUCUUGAGCAUAGUGCCCAUAAAUUCAUAAAAUUCCUCAGUUUGCUUGAUUAUCUAUCUAC